AUGACAGCACUUGAACUUGAAAUACAACAACAACAACUCUUACAACUACCACGAGUAGUACAACAAGUACUAGUACAACAACUACUAGCACUAACACUACGAAUACUACAACAACUACCAGUACAACAACUUCCAGCACUAGCGCCACGAGUACUACAACAGUUAUUAGUACAGCAACUAGCAGUACUACCAUUACGAGUACUACAACAAUUACCAGUACUACAACAAUUACUAGCACUACAACAACUACCAGUACAACAACAAUUACUAGCACUACAACAACUACCAGUACUACAACAAUUACUAGUACAACAACAACUACCAGUACAACAACCACUACAUCAACCGCUCCUGGUAAGUGUUGAAAUUACAAAGUAUGAUACAUAA